UGGCAGAGAGCUGUCGAACCAGCGGAGUGGCCUAAGACCUGGCAUAGUGGAAAUGAUCCCAGAGAGAAUAUCGAAUGAAGUCAGGAAGUCAGCUGGCCGUAGGUUGUAGAGGGGCUCUGUGGUUAGCUGGCUGAGGUUGAGGUCACAGGUUACUAAGGAAGUAAUUGUUGACAGGAGCUUCGUACUCGGCUCAGAACCACACACAGCUGGCUCCCCUGGUCCGGGGCCUAACCCUGCCCUGGAGGCGGACUCGCGGGGGAGGCGAGAGGCGGAACGCCCGAUGGCUACGGCGGCGGGCGGCGGACCCGCGCAGGAGGCGGACGCACUUGGUGUGGCUCUGCGACGCGUCACCCGUGCUGUGGGCAAGCCAUGGCAGGAAGCGAGCCGCGCAGCGGAACUAGCUCCCCGCCGCCGCCCUUCAGCGACUGGGGCCGCCUGGAGGCGGCCAUCCUCAGCGGCUGGAGGACCUUCUGGCAGUCAGUGAGCAAGGAGAGGGUGGCAAGGACAGCCUCGCGGGAGGAGGUGGAUGAGGCGGCCAGCACCCUGACGCGGCUGCCGAUUGAUGUACAGCUAUAUAUUUUGUCCUUUCUUUCACCUCAUGAUCUGUGUCAGCUGGGAAGUACAAAUCAUUACUGGAACGAAACUGUAAGAGAUCCAAUUCUGUGGAGAUAUUUUCUGUUGAGGGAUCUUCCUUCUUGGUCUUCUGUUGACUGGAAGUCUCUUCCAGAUCUAGAGAUCUUAAAAAAACCUAUAUCUGAGGUCACUGAUGGUGCAUUUUUUGACUACAUGGCAGUGUAAGUAUCUAGUUUUAUGAAUUAAAAGAUAUUAAAUUUUACUGUAUUACUAGUCAGUAUCCAAGUUAGUCCUGACCCUGCUACUGAUUUGUUGCAUAGAUUUGGGGUCUAAGUGUUCUCUUGCCAAAACUGGGAGUUGAGUUAAAUUACUUCCUUCAUAGGACCCUUUCAGCUUUAAUAUUUUAUUUUUUCCCUGUGGUGCCUAACCAAUAUUUCAAUAAUUAUACGUAGUAUAGAUAGCAAGAAGUAAAAGACUUCUUAAAAUGCUCACGAUCUUUAGAACAAUUGUCAUUUUGUUAAAUAAGUAAAUACUUUUCCAUAUCCAGAAAAAGAAUGAUCAGAGAUCCCUGUUCUUUGGCAGGGAAGAAAACCAUUCUAAAGGCUCUGAGAAAUAAGAUUAUAUUAGCACCAAAAAACACUGACAUUUUUUAAUAUCAUGUAGGUGAGAUAAUUAAUGUUACUGAGCAACUGCAGUGUAUUGGAUUCUACAAGGGAUGCUUUCUAUGUUUUACUCAUUUAAUCCUCAUACAAGAAGAAGUUAUUAUCUUGGUAUCAUGGAUAUGGAAUUAAGGUUCAUGGAGGUUAUGUGAUUUGCCUAAAGUCAUGUAGCUUGUAAGGGACUAUUCAGAUUGGAACCCUAUUAUGCUACCUCAAAGGUAUAUAAUGUCGUUGGAUCUGGAUAUAGCCUUUUUUACUGAGAAAUUCAAAUUUAAGGCAUUAUUUUAAACGUUUUAAAAUAUUUAUUCUUUGAAGAUUGUUUUGUUGUGCUAGACUCAGUAGCAACAUACAGAAUUUUUUUUUUCAAAUUUUGAGUUAUUCAGAGCCUUCCCUUCUUCUGAUACAGUUGUCAUUAUGUCAAGUGUUGUGAGACUAUUUGAUCCAAAGGUAUGUCAUCUGUUAUAUAUAAUCUCAACAAGUGCUGCUGUAUCUCACUUGCUAGGCAAUACUUGUACAUUGCCCCAUAGCU